GUUGCUUCCGCUUGUGAAAAGUUCUGUUCAAGUCUUGGCUAUUGAACAGCGAAAAUCGCAGGUCUCUAUCUCAUUCCUAUCAAAAGUUAUUCAAAAAAUGCCCACGGGUCUUGUACUUUGGGAUGGAUUUGGGUAGUUCAAAAAUACGCAUUUUUCAGUGAGUUAAAGCUUCUCGCAUUGUUUGUCUUUAUGCUGCUAUUUCGAAUAUAAUUUGUUUUUUGUUCGAAUGAUACGUGAAAUACAUGAACACAGAGAUAAUGAGAUAUUUACAAUUUUGAAAAAGAUAUAAUUAACCAUUUAGCAUUUGAGUUUUUACCGCAUUUUCACCCUUCAGAUCUGGUAUCCCGAUCUCCACAGGUGAUGUGCCUUGUCCAGAAGGUUAAAACGUAUAAAUCUACAGACAUAUGUCGAUGGUGGUGUGUCUUAAAAAUUUAUUGUUUUUCAUAAGCAAACGCUGAGUUUUUAACCUGUAUUUUUUUUAUUAGUUUAACCUGUAAAUUGAUAGUUGAUCUGUCUUUUCAUAUGUUCGUUCCAUCAUUAGAACAAACGAGCACAAAAAAGUUAUCUUUGAUAGAUUUUCGAAGAUUAUUUUUAUGAGUGUUGCUACUUUUCAUUUUAGGUCGAGAUCGAGCCAAACAAGAACUGGCACAAUUGAAGUUAACAGAAACAGUCCUUGAUCAAUUUUCCGCUGAAACUGGUUUAAAUACAUCAAGAAAAGCUCAGUCGGCAAAAAAUCGUCGAUUAAUACAAUCUCAACCUGCAACAUUUCGUGCUCGUUCUCGUAGUAUUGAAUCUGCUAGGAUGUCCGUCCGAUCAUUAAAUAUCCCUGGUGAUACAAUGAAUAAUGCUGAAAGGGGCGAUAAUAAUCAACAGGAUAUGAAUCCUGUUAUUUUGUCCAAAUUACUAGACGGUUCUGCAUUAUCGCAAGCGUUGACAUCAAUGACUGCUUUGAGUAAAAUCUCAUCAGCUCGGAACAAGAAAAGUGCUGAUAUUUUAGAUAAACAUGCCGACUUUUUUGUUCAACCCGAUGAAAACGUGCAUCAGCCACGAUUAGUCAAACGAAAUCAAACUAAUUCAAGCCUGAAACAGAAUUUAAAAUUCUAUAAUCCUCCACCGAAAUCAAAACAACGUCCACAAAGUGCUCAAGCAAAGUUGCGUGCAACAAAUUUAGAUAAAGAUACGUUACAGCAAAAACCGGAGGAUCCAUUAACAUUAAGGGAACAAUUAAUGAAAAGUCUUGAACUACGUCAAAGUGUUGAGGCAAAAAUCAAAACUGCAAAAGAUUCGAAUUCAGCGAACUUUAUAAGCAAACGAUCAGAUGCUACACUUAAACGAUUUUCGUUAUCGGAACAAGAACGACUGAAAUAUGUCAAAUUCAUGAGAGAAGUCACCGAUGCUAUAUUACGAAAAAAUUUAACAACGGAAAAUGCCAUCGAGAAAUUAUUUGAAAUACAUAUUGAUAGAAAUAAAACAACUCUAGAUGAAAAACGAAUGCGUGAACUGCUACAAGCAUUGAAAGAUGAUCUUGGCGUAUCAACUUUAUCGAACGGAACCGGCGUUUAUUCAUCGGUACAUAAAGCAACGAGCUAUGAUAAUGAUCCAAUUGAGAAGCCUCCCGUGAAAGACAGUAUUUACAACGAUAACACUCCGUUAUCGCCUUAUACGAAUGGUGAAAGACGUCGCUCUUCGUAUGAUUUGAACACCCCAUUACCAUGGCAAACACCGUCAGAAAUGCAUAUUUCUCCAAAAAUAACGACUGAGACCAUUCGUCGAUCAACGAUGAAGAAAUCAACUCUAAAUGAUCUAGUUGACGAAGAUGAAGAGUAUUCUGAACCCAUACUAGACGGAAGAAAUUUACGAAAAACGUCGACAGUGGCAAUACUGGAUGAAUAUAAUUCAACACCAGAACAUGUCGUUAAACAUGUGAAUCAUCAACAUCCAACAACAGAUUCGAAUAAUUUGGAUACAUUUACAAUAAUGUCAUCACCUCCUCCUCAAACUAAAAAACGUUUAUCGUUGCAACAGCAUCAGUCAGUUUCACCGACUGUUCAAAAUUGCGUGGAUAAUGAAACUGGUAUCCAAUUUUCAUCAGCAGAAGAUUAUAAUACAACGAAACAAGAUUCAAAAAGAAAUAAAACACCCGUUAUCUUGGAACAAACUUCUGAUUUUACUAAGCAUAAUCAACAUGCUGAUCAUUUUUUUUUCUCAGAGACUACUGUGGAAAAACCGUUUCCGGCUGAAGAAUUCAUUCGCAAUGAUGAUGAUCAAUUUAAAUUCAAUAAAACUAUCAGACGUGCAAGUAAACCCGAUUUACACAACACGAGUUGGCUAGCGGACGACCAGCUUCCCUCCAAAACAACAGUAACAACAGUGGAAAGUCAUAAUUAUGAGCCUUUUCCAAAUCAUUCAGUCAAUCGUUUUACAACAGACAAGUUAGAUCCAUUAAAUACUGUUAAAAAACACUCGAGAGAAGACGCUCCUCCACCUUAUCACGAACAUGCACAACAAUUGGAUAAAACAGUUCAUCGGGAAGAAAGUGAACCGGCUCAACAACAUGUUCAUCCUGUCCAACGUACACUAAGUGAUACAUCACGAAAACAUUCUACUGCUUAUGAUAGCGACAAUUUUGAUGAUUCAAAUAGUCAGACAGAGUCCGAUACAAUUCAAUCACAGAAACACCAGAAAAUGAAAACUAAAACAUACCAUGAACAAGAUAAUGAAUAUGAUGAAUUUUUAUAA